AUGGCUCCCACUCUAUCCAAAAACCUUCUCGCAAGCCUUUGCGCUGCAUCCAGCGUAGCCGCAGUUCCACAGGGAUCUUCACCAAGCAGCACUUUCAUUGUGCCAAACAUCACCGCGCCAGCAACCGCAACACCUCCAGCUUCCUCAGCCGCCGCUGCAGCAUCAGUUUCACGUGUUGCUCUGGCCCAAGAAGUCAAGGCAGAAAUCUCGAACGUCCGCGCUUUCAAUGCUCUCCUCACAGUCGAUGGCGCCGGCCAGCAGCUCCUGGAGGGCGAUGCUCUGCGGAAACGUGUUGUCUUCGACUUUGGUGCUCGUGCCGCUGUAGCUGGGACGGGAGGGCGUAAUGUUCAGGCUGAUGGGGCUACUUUCCCCAUCCUCGUCAACGAAAACCUCGCCGUAGCCACCUUCUUCCUCAACCCCUGCGGCUUGAAUAGCCCUCACACGCACCCGCGCGGCUCCGAAUUCGUCACCGUAGUCCAAGGCAGCGUGCAAACCGGCUUCAUGCUCGAGAACGGCUUCCUCGCCAGCAGCGCUCAAGGCCGCCAAACCACCCGAGUCUCCGCCACCUUAGGCCCAUUCCAGGGAACCGUCUUCCCCAUCGGAUCCAUCCAUUACCAGUUCAACGAUAACUGCGAGCCCGCCAGCUUUAUUAGUUCGUUCAAUAGCGCGGACCCAGGGACGAGCCAGAUUGCGCAGAAUUUCCUCUUUCACGAUGAGAAUAUUGUGAAUAUCACGUUGGGGGAGGUUCAGAGUAUUGAUGGGACGAAUAUUGAGGAGUUUAGGAGUAGUAUUCUGGCGAAUUUGGUUUUGGCUGUGGAUGAGUGUUUGGCGAGGUGUAAUGGUAAUGGUGGUGGGGAUGAUUAUUAG